GACGGAUCAGCCAGGAUGUAUCAUGAAAUUUAAUGGGAAUUUUCUAAAAUAUACAUCAUUGCAAUUAUGAAAGCAUAUGUGGAACCACACAGAUAAAUACGCAGCGGCUCCACGUCUGAGAGAAAACUGCAUCAAAAUGAGGGUGCUUAUUGUGAUAUUUUCCUGAAGUGCUAUGAAGAGAGAAUAUUUUUUUUUUAUCACUGCUAAUGGUAAUGCGAAGAGGUUGUGGAAAUAAAUCCUAGCAGCAACAACAAAUUACCCCCCCCCCCCUUUUUUUUACCAUAAAUCAUUUCUUGACCAUAAGGUAUUUUUGUGACUUCUAUCAAAGGACUUAUAAGGCGAUUAAGGAUAAAAAGACACUUCUGUAUGAAUGUGGAACGAGAAUUGCUUAUGCAAUACAUCAGAAAAUAAAUCAGAUACUGAGACUUCAGAAAGUGCUAGGUCAAAUUACGGGAUAUGGCAAUUCUGAAACCAAUGAACUCUCUUGUGUUCUAGGUGAUCGUUGUGCCAACCCACAGGGAGAAGAACCAUGACUUCAGUUCUCUACAGCGUCCGCCUUCAGCUGGAUGAGAACCUGGAGAAGAUGCAACAGGGGACAAUGAUGCGCAAGGUGAAGUCCAAGAACUGGAAGAAACCCCGGUACUUCAUGCUACAGGAUGACUGCAUGACCGUCUGGUACAAAUCCAAGAUGUCUGGCAAAGCCAAGUCUGCCUUCUCAGUGAGUGAUGUGGAGACCGUGCGCGAGGGAUACCAGUCGGAGGUCCUGCAAAGUCUGGCGGAGGAGUUCCCAGCCGAAUGCUGCUUCACGGUCGUCUUCCAUGGGCGCCGUAACAAUCUAGACCUAAUUGCCAGCUCAGCGGAGGAAGCUCAGUGCUGGAUCCAAGGCCUGCGGCGCCUUGUGGAGAUUGUCACUAACAUGGACCAGAAGGAGAAGAUGGAUCAAUGGAUCUGUGACUGGUUCAUGAAAGCUGAUAAGGACAAGGAUGGGCGUAUGAAUUUCAAGGAGGUGCAGCACUUGCUCAGGAUGAUGAACGUGGCUAUGAAUGAAGACCAUGCCUUCCGGCUCUUCCAGAUUGCCGACAAAUCAGAGACAGGUACACUGGAAGGGGAGGAGUUUGUGCUCUUCUACAAAGCACUGACUCAGCGGGACGAGGUGCUCGAGUUAUUCCAGGAGUACUCCGAGGAUGGCAAAAAGCUGACACUGUUGGAGUUUGUGGACUUCUUGCAACAGGAGCAGAUGGAGGGGGCUGGCAUUGAUGAGCUCGCCAUGGAGCUGAUUGACAGAUAUGAGCCGUCUGAGACAGCCAAGGCUCGCCACAUCCUGAGCAUUGAUGGGUUCCUCACGUACCUCUGCUCCCCCGAUGGCUCCAUCUUCAACCCUGAGCACAGGACAGUCUUUCAGGAUAUGUCUCAGCCCCUCUGUCAUUACUUCAUCUCCUCCUCCCACAACACAUACCUGAUGGAGGACCAGCUGAGAGGACAAAGCAGCGUGGAGGGAUAUAUCAGGGCUCUGAAGCGGGGCUGCCGGUGCCUAGAGGUGGACUGUUGGGACGGAGCUAAUGGGGAGCCCAUUGUCUACCACGGCCAUACCUUCACCUCUAAGAUCCCCUUCCGGGAAGUUGUGACAACCCUCGAUAAAUAUGCCUUCCGGGCUUCUAAAUACCCCAUUAUCCUGUCUCUUGAGAACCACUGCAGCAUAGAGCAGCAGGACAUCAUGGCACAGCAGCUGAGGGGGAUUCUGGGAGAGAAGCUCCUCACCACCACCAUUGAUGGACGUGUCCCAGUGCAGUUGCCUUCACCAGAGGAACUGAAGGGCAAGAUCAUCCUGAAAGGGAAGAAGAUUGGACACCUGGAAGAUUCUUUGAAUGGGCAUCUGGAUGAGCCGCCUGAGCGGGAAGAGGAGGAGGAGGAGGAAGAGGGACCAGAGGCAGAGGAAGAAGUCCUGCGCAAUGAAGACAAGAAGAAAGAGAAGAAGGCCAAACAGUCCCUCUCCCAGGAGCUUUCUGACUGCAUUAUCUACUGCAAGAGCGUGCCCUUUCACAGCUUCCAGCACUCCCGCAGCCACUACAAGUCUUACGAGAUGUCCUCCUUUGCUGAAUCCAAGGCCCGCAAGCUCAUCCGAGAGGCUGGAAAUGACUUCAUCCGCCAUAAUGCCUGGCAGCUGACACGCAUCUUCCCCCACGGUCUGCGGACGGACUCCUCCAAUUACAACCCCCAGGCAAUGUGGAAUGUGGGGUGCCAGCUGGUGGCCUUGAAUUUUCAAACGGCUGGUACAGAGAUGGACUUGUGCGAUGGGCUCUUCAGUAAAAAUGGCCGCUGUGGCUACGUCUUAAAGCCGAGCUUCAUGAAAGACCCAGAGACAGCCUUCAGUCCUGAGAACCCCCAAAGCAGGGAGAAUGGUAGCCCCCUGAACAUAGCCAUUAAGAUCAUUAGUGGGCAGCAACUCCCCAAGAUGCCCAACAGCAAAGAAGGCUCCAUCAUCGAUCCACUAGUGCGGGUGGAGAUCCAUGGGGUCCCUGCUGAUAGUGCCAAGCAGGAGACCAAAUAUAUCGAUGAUAACGGUUUUAACCCACAAUGGAAUGAGGCCUUUCAGUUCCAGGUUUGGGUACCAGAGCUGGCACUUCUGCGCUUUGUGGUGGAGGAUUAUGACAAGGCAUCUCGGAAUGACUUUGUGGGACAGUACACUCUACCUCUUACUAGUGUCAAAUCAGGAUACCGCCACAUCCACCUUCUUUCCAAGGAUGGGACGGGGAUACCACCAGCCUCCCUAUUUGUCCAUAUCCGAAUCAGGGAGUUGUCAACAGAGAGCGACUAAAGCAACUGUGUCUCCAAAUACAGCUCUUUCCUCUCUGCCCCAUUUAGGUUGUAAAAUGUGGGGGGAGGGGGAGGGAAGGGGACAAGAGCUUUCUUAAGAAUGGAUGCCAUACCCCACUCCAUCUGCCUGCCUCUCUUGUUCCUACACAGCACUGGACUGAAGAGUUACUUUGCACUACUAUAUAUUAUUAUUAUUAUUAUUAUUAUUAUUAUUAUUAUUAUUAUUAUUAUUUUCAAAACAAAAACCCAACAGUUUUGUAUCAUUUUGCUGCUAUUUUUUUAAAAGAAAGAAUUUAAACUAUUGUGAUUUGCACAGUUCCCAGACCCUCCAACUAAAUCUGUCCACUUUUAUGGUUCAGUUUUAAAAUCUACCUCCGUUGUGCAAAAAGGACAGGAUAGGCUACUGCAGCCGCAAAUGGCACCUACACCAAGGCAGAAUGAACGAUAUCCAAAAGGAAGAGUGAAUUUCUUUCAAUAACAUCAGCCAACCAUCAAGUCUUUCCAAAGGGCUUUAUUUUUCCACCUGUCUUCAAGAGCAACUCUCCUGAUCUGGGCCCAGUCUGCCAGCCAGCUUUAAAGCAGAAUCAGAAUGUAGCUGAUGAAGCUUAUCAGCUUUUCCUGGAUGCUCCUGACAAGAUUUGGCAAUAACCGAGAGAAGAGAGAAAGGAUUCCGGUGUUGACUCUUGUGGCAGCAUCUCUAACUGAGCAAGAGAGACAGGAAGAAGCUAAGCUGUUGGACCACAUGCUUUUUCCUUGCAGAUUGCAUAUGAGAAAGGGGAAACCCUGCUCAAUUUAUUCCCCUUGCCCAAUCUGAAUGGUACUGAGAUACUGCCAAGAUUUUCCCUUCCUCAUCUCCUAGUUGCCGCCACCCAGUUAGCAGCUAAUAGGGUGCUUGUAUAUAUGGAUGUUGCAUUGCUUAGCGAACAUUUGACAACAUGCAUCUGGGAAACUGACAUCGGCACAUGAAAAGCCUUCCACUGUGUCACUAACAAUACUUUCCAAUGGAGGCAGUUUGCACAGCUAGGUAGAAGCCACCAAAUGAUGUACAGUGUGUGCCUAUGAUCAUCAGUCCUCAGGGAAAGAGUAGAAAGGACUUAUCCCACUGAUUCCUUGAGGACUGCCACCAAGAUGGAAGGAAUGCCAACAACUCCUUUUCUCAGCUCAGGAACCAUUGGCUUCCUGUCAAGUAUGUGUUGGCCAAGGAGCUCUGACAGUCUAAUUCUGCCUUUAUAUAGAAAGAUGUUGGCUAGACUUGAAACAUCCUCUAAAUCAACUCCAAGUAGGAAGUGAUAAGAUUCUUAUAGAUGAACUUGUCUUUUUCUACAUCGGCACUAAUAAUAUUCAUACAACUGACUCAAGAAUUCUUCCACAGUAGGAAUGCCUUGGCAUUCUCAAAGCCUCCAUAAACAUAACACCUUUUUUCUGAUGCAAUUAAGAUGCUAGCCCCACAAAAAUGUGAUGAGAACAGUGGUCACCAACACAGAACCCACAGGAGACAGUGCACCAACUAGCUCCUCCUAUGGUGCUCAAAAAAGGUCUCAGUAAACAUCUAAAAAAUCCAUAAUGUGCAAGAGACUGUUUGAGCUUCUUGUUCAACCCUUUUUCAUUAGAUACUAGGAUUGUACACACUUUUGGUGUCCCCCUAAUAUGAUGGGUGGGGAGGCUGGGCUAUCUGUACCAUUUGUGGUCUUCCUUGUCUGUUCUUAGUCAUGUGGUAGUCAUUUUCUGUUAUGCCACACUCCUACAGGAGCCCUUUUGUGACUGGUACCUGCAGCGCUUCCUCAAAAAAUGUACCCAACGGCACAAUUCUUAUUACUGUUAUUAAUAAAUUUUGUAUCCCGCCCUUCAUCCAAAAAUCCCAGGGCAGUUCACGAUAUAAAAAUACAAAAUGAUAAUACAAACUGCAUAAUAAAACGUGAACAAAAGCAAACCAUUAACUCCCCUCCCACAAAUACAUUUAAAAGGCUAUAGAAUGUUAAUCACUUGAAUGCCUGGUUGAAGAGAAACGUUUCCGCCUGGCACCUAGGUUCCAGGUGGCCUUCCCUGGGGAGAGCAUUUCACAAAGAAGGAGCCACCACAGAAAAUGCCUGUUCUCAUGUUGACACCCUAUUGACCUCUUGUGGAGGCACACAUAGAAAGGCCUCAGAUUAUGAUCACAUUGGUUUGUGUGGGGAGGGGCAGUCCUUGAGGUAUUGCAGUCUUCAGCAGUUUAGGGCUUUAUAGAUCAAAACCAGCACUUAGAAUUGGGCCUGGAAACUAAUUGGCAGCCAGUGCAGUCGGGCCAGGAUUGAUGUAAUAUGCUCAACCUGUUUUGCCCCAGUGAGCAACCUGGCUGCCAAAUUCUGCACCAGCUGAAGUUUCCGAACAAUCUUCAAAGGCAGCCCUACAUGUAAUGCGUUGCAAUAAACUACCAGAACAUAGAUGAAAGAAGUUAGGCUAUCCCUGUCCAGAUAGGGGCAUAGGGGCAGGGCCAUCAGCCAAAGCUGAUGGAAGGCAUUCUGGGUCGCUCAGGCCACCUGAGCUUCAAGCGACAGCAAAGGACCCUGAAGUACCCCCAAGCUAUGUAUCUGCUCCUUCAGAGGGAGUGUAACCCCAUCAAGAACCUCCCAUCCAUCUGGUCUAGGGAAUCACCCACUAACAGUGCUUCAGUCUUAGCUGGAUUGGGCUUCAGUUUGUUUGCUCUCAUCCAGUCCAUUACCAAGGCAAAACAAGGUUGCUUGCCCCUAUAGCCAUGUCUCAGCAUCUUACCAUUUAGUCUGAUCUCGCAGUAGGUAUACUCCAAUGCUUUUAUGCUCUAGCAAUUUCAGUUGUUAAAUUAUCCAGUCACACAAAAUAGUGCAUGUACAACUUCCACAUAGCAGCCACAGGCUUCUGCCCCUGAAAGGCAACCCUUUUGUGUGGAAUGAUUUUUGCCGGGAAGCAGAAAUAGCAGAUAGAACUACAGAGGCCUGCUGGUUCAAAAAUCAAAAGGCAGGAUAACUCACCGCAACACUAAGGUAACCAAGAGAAGAGGAAUUUGAUACUAUAAAAGCUGUCUCCAUCUUAAGUCUAAAUGGGCUAGAGCAGCGAGGCAGCCAAUGUGGUGGCUGCUGAACUACAACUCCCAUUAUCCUUAACUGUUGGCCAGGGAUUAUGGGAGUUGUAGUUCCUCAACAUUUGAAGUACACCCAGUAUGACCCCACAGGAGGCCAGUUGGACUUUGCCAGUCCCAGAUCAGGGAUAGUCAGCAUGAUGCCCUCAAUGCUGGACUCCAACUCCUAGCAUGCUAUCUGCUAAUGAUGAUGGGAGAUGUUGUUCAACUAUAUCUGGAAAGUGCCAUGUUGGCUGCCCUUGGGCUAGAGUCUCACAGAACAGAAACCUAAUUCAUGUGGAAGCAGCACUUUGGCUGUGACAGAUGUGACACAGUUACCUGCAAGCUAGCUUGCCUGUUUACAGCAUGCCUAUGCAUCCAGUCAGCUUGUCUUGUUCCCUAGUCACAACCCUCCUACUUGUACAUCUUUGUUUAACUCAGGUAUGUUUACAGGUGCAAUAUAUGUCUAAAAAUAUCUAUAGCAAUGCAUGGAAUGUCAUCUACUUCGCAAAUACUCCUACUUUGUAAAGGGCCAAGACCCUACAUAUGCAAACUGGUUUUAUCAAAAUAAUAAAAAAGACAAGUUA